AUGUCUGCUGAAUCUUCAAAGAACGCAUCACUGCCUCUUGUCUCGACUCCCGAGUCAGCAGCGCGAUACUAUUUCGAACUCACCAGACUACAUAAAUUUCCACUGGGAAGUAUCGUAGUAUUCUGGCCUUGCGCCUGGGCUUUUACUGUUGCAGCAUCUACGGUACAGCUGCCAGUCAUUCCAUUCAUCAAGGGUAUUAUAGCCUUCGCGCUAGGAAGUACUCUCCUUCACAGCGCUGCUUGCGUGCUGAAUGAUAUCUGCGAUAUUGACUUCGAUAGACAAGUUGAACGUACAAAGAACCGACCUCUUGUCGUUGGAAAGAUAUCCGUUUUUGGGGCUACUAUCCUUCUUCUGCUUCUGACUUUGGCCUCUUUGAGCCUGCUUAGUUACACGAAUUUGACUGCGGCUGUGUAUGGGAUAAUUGGCGUAUUCCCAUUACAUGCACUGUAUCCUUUAAUGAAGAGAUGGACUUGGUGGCCACAGGCAUGGCUUGGCCUGGCUAUGAAUUGGGGUGCAUGGGUUGCAUGGAUCACCGUCCGCCCCAACGGUCCACUAAAGAAUGACCUACUCAUCUUCUUCUUGGGCACUGUGUGCUGGACCAUUGUCUAUGAUACAAUCUACGGCUGUCAAGACAAAAUUGAUGAUGCAAAGGUUGGCGUGAAGUCGACAUCCCUUCUUUUCGGCACUUGGGUUCGGCCAAUCCUCGUGUGUUUUGCCGGCGUGUUUGUUGGGAAUCUCACGUACUUUGGUAUUUGUAAUAGUCAAAGUCCCGCGUUCUUCGUCGUCUCAUGUGGCGGGGCUGCUCUGCAUUUCCUCUGGCAAUUCACAACUUGGUCGCCUGAUGAUCCUCGAGAUUGCGGGGAGAAAUUCAAAGCAAACGGAAGUUUGGGAUAUAUCAUCUGGGCUGGAAUGUUGUUGAACUAUGCAGGCUUCUGA